AUGGCGACUCUUCCUUCUCACAACCUUGUUACUAUCAACCAUAAUAACUUCAUAACCAAUCACUCUUCUUCGUUUAUUAAUCUCCCGGCGAGAAGAUUCCGAUUAGCCACCAGUACAAGAGCUUUGUCGAGAACCGACGAGUCUUCUCUAUCCUCCGUGAUUUCUAGUAUCGAACGGGAAAGGCAAGGAUUGGUGGAAGAAACGGAAGUAAUCUGCGGCGGAGAACGGUGGAUUACGGCGGAGGAUUUUCGUCGGCGGGAUAAAAAAACAGAGGAAGAGAGAAAACUGAGAGACACGUGGAGGAAGAUCCAAGGAGAAGACGACUGGGCCGGGUUAAUGGAUCCGAUGGAUCCAGUUCUUAGAUCGGAGCUUAUCCGUUACGGAGAAAUGGCUCAGGCGUGUUACGACGCUUUCGAUUUCGAUCCUUCUUCCAAAUACACCGGAACCUCCAGAUUCUCCCGCCACGAUUUCUUCGAUUCCUUGGGGAUGAUCGAUUCCGGUUACGAGGUGGCGCUUUACAUCUACGCGACGUCGAACAUCAAUCUCCCAAACUUCUUCUCGAAAUCGAGAUGGUCGAAAGUGUGGAGCAAAAACGCUAAUUGGAUGGGUUACGUGGCGGUCUCCGACGACGAAGCCACGCGUCACCGUCUCGGCCGCCGUGAUAUAGCGAUCGCGUGGAGAGGAACGGUGACGAAGCUCGAGUGGGUCGCGGAUCUAAAGGAUUAUUUGAAACCGGUAUCCGGUAACAACCUCCGGUGCUCCGACCGGGCGGUUAAAGUAGAAUCCGGAUUUCUAGAUCUGUACACAGACAAAGACACGACCUGCAAUUUCUCGAGAUUCUCGGCGCGUGAGCAGAUAUUAGCGGAGGUGAAGCGUCUGGUGGAGAGAUACGGAGACGACGAGGAGGAGGAUCUGAGUAUCACCGUGACGGGACACAGUCUCGGCGGCGCGUUGGCGAUACUGAGCGCGUACGACGUGGCGGAGAUGGGAUUGAAUCGGAGUAAGAGAGGGAAGGUGAUUCCGGUGACGGUGAUGAGUUACGGAGGACCGAGAGUAGGGAACGUGAGGUUUAAAGAGAGGAUGGAGGAGCUGGGAGUGAAGGUGAUGAGGGUGGUGAAUGUUCACGACGUGGUGCCGAAAUCGCCGGGAUUGUUUCUGAACGAGAGUGCGCCGCACGCGCUGAUGAAGAUAGCGGAGGGAUUGCCGUGGUGUUAUUGCCAUGUGGGGGAGGAGCUGGUGCUCGACCACCAGAACUCGCCGUUCCUUAAACCCUCCGUUGAUAUUUCUACCGCUCAUAACCUCGAGGCUAUGCUCCAUCUCCUUGACGGGUAUCAUGGAAAAGGGGAGAGAUUUAUGCUGGCGAGUGGGAGAGAUCCAGCGCUAGUGAACAAAGCAUCGGACUUUCUGAAAGAGCACCAUCAGGUUCCACCGUUUUGGAGACAAGACGCGAACAAAGGAAUGGUUAGGAACAGUGAAGGUCGUUGGACUCAAGCCGAGCGACUCCGUUCCGAGGACCAUCAUUCUCCUGACAUUCACCACCAUCUUUCCCAGCUCUGUCUUUAA